AUGGAAAUCACCACCUCCAACAGCCUCGAGCAGUGUGUUUCCGAAGGCUUCCUGCAAAACCAGCCCAAGCUAGAGCACGCUCUGAGACGCGCGAUCGAGAAGACCAGCUACUGCUCAUUACGUACAAAUUGCACGGUGAUCGGAAGAUCUACUGAGGUGCCGCCGACUGUCGAAUACUUGGACGCCCAAAAGUCUCGCCGCGUCAUCAGAGGACAAUGGCUCAUUGGCGCCGACGGCAAAACGGGCAUCGUCCGCAAACACUUCCUGGAACCCACGGCCGGGAUCAAGCAGGAAGCCGGCGUCUACCCCUACGAAGGGGUAUGGGUCGCCGCCAACCUCAAAAUGACCGUCCCAACGCCACAGACACACCCGAACUUCCCGCUCUGGAAGUACGGAUACACCCCCGACGAGGUGUACGAUCUAUUCUGGCCCGCGGGCUGGCACUUCUGCAGUCCGCCCGGCAGGCCGACCGCAACAGGCAGAUUCGGCCCCCACGCCGACCGGACAUGGCGUCACGAGUUCCGCGUGGACGAGUUCGGAGGCCCGAUAUACCCGGAAGAGCUCUUCUGGGAACACAUCUCUCAAAGCAUCACCCUCCGAGGGGACCCCGUCCGCGGCCACCGCUUCGAUGAGGCCGUCGAGUAUCCCCGCGACUGCAUCGAGAUCCUGCGCUGUCGCCCCUUCAAGUUCGUGCAUAAGUGCGUCAACCGGUGGUACGACAAGCGCACGCUCCUGAUUGGCGACGCCGCACACGUUUUCCCGCCGUUCGCCGGCCAGGGCAUCGCAAGCGGCGUCCGCGAUGCGCACCAACUUGCAUGGCGGCUGGCCCUGCUCCUCCGCACCGACGCGGACCCGGAAACCAACACUGUGAUUCUAGAAUCGUGGGCCGCUGAGCGCCGUCACAGCGUGGAUGACGCCGCUAGGAUGUCCAUGGUCUCCGGCACCGUGUGCAACAGCCAACCGACCCUGUGGAUCCUGGCGCUGGCGAAGCUGCACGGGUUCAUCAACUCGAUCCCCAUGCUUCGUGGGUACGAUCUGGUGGCCCAGCAGGAGCGGCGUGGUUUCUGCGGCGUUGCUGGGGGGUUCUUUCUCAAGGCUUACAACGGCGGUGCCCGACUGGCGCAGAUACAUGUCCGCUCCUCCCUCAGCCAGUCGCCGAUUUUGUCUGACGACCUACUGCGCCAGCGCGGUACCAUCUUCACGGUUCUUCUUAUCGGCAGCGGCGAUCCAACGGAGACGAACGAGUCGUAUGCGGAAGCCAAGGAAGCUAUCUCGGGAGCAUCUUUGGACCCCAACGUCUUGUCAGAGGAAUCCAUCGUCAUCUAUCAUCCACAGGGUGGAGAGUUGGACACAACGUUCAAGCUCUCGAAAGAAGAACAGAGCGAGUGGGAGGUCUUCUCACCUGCCCCAACUUCUGGAAUCGAGGCACCACUGGCUCCUGGAUACAACAGCACAUCGUAUCUUUCCCGACUAGGCUCAUCUGCCAGGUUCGUUGUAUUGCGUCCAGACAUGUUCGUAUUUGCAUGCGCAAGGAGCAAGAAUGAGCUGGCGCACUGCUUGGAUCAACUUCGGGAACGUCUUGGUUGA